AUGGAAGCAUUAGUUUGUAAAGGUUGUAAUAAAAUUUUUGAAGAACCAUUAUCAUUAUCAUGUGGUGAUUUAUUAUGCAAACGUUGUGUUGAAUCAUCAAAAGAUAAUAAAUGUAAAAUCUGUAAACAAGAAGUAACCAGUUCAAUUUUAAAUCAAACUGUUAAAUCCUUUGUUCAAAGUGUUACCGUAGAAUCAUGUUGCAACCACAAAAAAUCGACUCCAUGCUAUUGUCUUCAAUGCAACUCCUUUAGUGCCAUUGAUCAAAUUCAAAUCACUUACCAUUAA